CACCGAGGAGCCGCCUCCCCUCUUACCCCUCCUCCGCCCACCCUGCCCCGGCGCGCCCGCCAGCCCCGACCGACGGACGGACGGACGGACAGCGCUGCGCCGCCGCCCCGGCUCCCCCACCGCGGCCAGGUUGUUACUGGCAGAAGAACCAGGAUUCAGAUCUCAGUGGAACUUGCUUUCAAAAGCUGUUGAAACAAAGGACUGCUUUCUAAUUUGGACAUGGCUAAUCGAGGAGCGACAAGGCCCAACGGGCCAAAUGCUGGAAAUAAAAUUUGCCAAUUUAAACUAGUACUUUUAGGAGAGUCUGCAGUUGGCAAAUCAAGUUUGGUGCUUCGUUUUGUAAAAGGACAGUUUCAUGAAUUUCAAGAAAGUACAAUUGGAGCUGCUUUUCUAACCCAGACUGUAUGUCUGGAUGAUACAACGGUAAAAUUUGAAAUUUGGGAUACAGCUGGGCAAGAGCGGUACCACAGUUUAGCGCCCAUGUACUACAGAGGAGCACAAGCAGCCAUAGUGGUAUACGACAUCACAAACGAGGAGUCCUUUGCCAGAGCGAAAAAUUGGGUCAAAGAACUUCAGCGACAAGCAAGUCCUAACAUUGUAAUAGCUUUAGCAGGAAACAAAGCUGAUCUAGCUAACAAAAGAGCUGUGGAUUUCCAGGAAGCACAGGCUUAUGCAGAUGACAACAGCCUAUUGUUCAUGGAGACAUCUGCCAAGACAUCUAUGAACGUAAAUGAAAUAUUCAUGGCAAUUGCAAAAAAAUUGCCCAAGAAUGAACCACAGAAUGCAGGAGCCAGCUCUGCCAGAGGAAGAGGAGUAGACCUUACUGAACCCACACAACCACCCAAGAGUCAAUGUUGUAGUAACUAAAAGAUCAAUUGCUUUAAACUGUUCUGAAUAUUCUUCUGCUUCCUAACUGUUAAUAACCAUGGAAUUGGAGUGCUUAACCUGGUCCAGUACAGCUUCCAAACAGCGAAGAGACUUACAAUAAUAGUCAAGUUCAUGAUACAGAGUUUUCUUUUCACCUAAAAUUUUAACAUGCAUGUAUCCACCACUGGCUGUAAUGUUUCAGCAGUAGAGGAGAGAUGGAGGUGGAAUAAACUUCCUUCAGUUGAAAGGUUUUAAAAAUCAGUUGUUAUUAUUAGAGGUGUAGAAGAACUACUUUCUGUGGACCUAAUUGGCCAGUUCCUGUAGCCUCAAUACUGAUCACUGUUAUAAUAAAUAGAAUUGGGUCUUUUCAUAAUUCUCAAUUGUGCUUUAAAACCUCCUUAGAAACAGGGUCUAAAAAUUACUUAAACUUAUUUGCAGUAUUGAUGCAACCAGUUGUUUCUGCAGGUAUCCAUUGUUUAGUUAUACAUUCCAUAGGUUAAUAAUUUUAUUACAAAUAAUACUUGCAUUAACAAUUUUAAGAAUCCUAUGCUUGCCAGAAAGUGGAGUUUUAGUUGGUACACUGUAUGUAAAUUAUAUCAACCCAGUUAGUUAUCUUAAUGAAUUAGUGAUGAAUCAAGUCUAACUUCAUUUCUAAUCUGUUCAGAGGGUACAGACCAGUAAAUUCAACUCUACAACUUAGGAUAUGGGGUUUUUUGUCCUCUACAAACUGUAAGAGCUCUUCAAGUAAAACCACAACAAACUCGG